AUGGGUAUCUGCGCCUCAUGUCUGGGGCGUCGCCAACAAGAAAGUCAAGAUGGUGAAUCCUCCCGUCUCCUCGAAGACGACCUCUACAACCAACCAGGCUACGGCUACGGCUCACUCAACAACGCGAGCCAAACCGGCCACUCGCCGGACCCGAGCUACCUGAAGCGCGAACGUGAAGCUCUGGAGGCGAUCUGCCAACGAGCGUCGGACUCCGUCAUCGACAUCUGGUCAAUCCAACCGCAACCACAUCUCCAACCGCACGCGACCCUCCCCAGCGCCGUCGCGCCGAGCACCUCCACCUCCGAAGCGCCCCCGGUGACCGUCACGAAAACAGAUAUCACGCCCCCGCGCCCGCCGCGCCGCUCCGCCGCCGCGUCGCCCAAGCCCGGCGGCACGGUGCCCCGGCAUUGGGGGGAGGUCGUGAUCAACACGCGCAAGAACCGGUCGCGGCCGGGCUCGAGCGCGGAUGAGGACGGCGAGAGGGAUGUUUUUGGGGUGUUGAAAGUGACCUAG